AUGUCACUAGACGAGUUCCAGAACUAUGAGCAUGACCAGCCCUCAUUGUUGGAUGACCAGCCCUCAUUGCUGGAUGACCUGCCCUCAUUGUUGGAUGACCUGCCCUCAUUGUUGGAUGACCAGCCCUCAUUGUUGGAUGACCAGCCCUCAUUGUUGGAUGACCAGCCCUCAUUGUUUUAUGACCAACUCUCAUUGUUGGAUGACCAGCCCUCAUUGUUGGAAGACCAGCCCUCAUGGCUGAACCCUUCAGACAGCCUCCCUCCCAAGUUCUUCAUGCAUGAUCGAGAUAAAAGUCAGAAGACAGGUUGGCUGGCCCACUUGCCAGGACUAAUUACCAUAUCCAUCAGCAGGGACGCUCUCACGGUCUGCUCGUCUCUAGCCUGCCCCUGGCUGGUGGGUCUAGUGGGGUCGUCUCUAGCCUGUCCCCGGCUGGUGGGUCUAGCGUGGUCGUCCCCAGCCUGCCCCUGGCUGGUGGGUCUAGUGGGGUCGUCUCUAGCCUGCCCCGGCUGCCUGCCCCCGGCUGGUGGGUCUAGUGGGGUCGUCUCUAGCCUGCCCCCGGCUGGUGGAUCUAGUGGGGUCGUCUCUAGCCUGCCCCCGGCUGGUGGGUCUAGUGGGGUCGUCUCUAGCCUGCCCCCGGCUGGUGGGUCUAGUGGGGUCGUCUCUAGCCUGCCCCCGGCUGGUGGAUCUAGUGGGGUCGUCUCUAGCCUGCCCCCGGCUGGUGGGUCUAGUGGGGUCGUCUCUAGCCUGCCCCCGGCUGGUGGGUCUAGUGGGGUCGUCUCUAGCCUGCCCCCGGCUGGUGGGUCUAGUGGGGUCGUCUCUAGCCUGCCCCCGGCUGGUGGGUCUAGUGGGGUCGUCUCUAGCCUGCCCCCGGCUGGUGGGUCUAGUGGGGUCGUCUCUAGCCUGCCCCCGGCUGGUGGGUCUAGUGGGGUCGUCUCUAGCCUGCCCCCGGCUGGUGGAUCUAGUGGGGUCGUCUCUAGCCUGCCCCCGGCUGGUGGGUCUAGUGGGGUCGUCUCUAGCCUGCCCCCGGCUGGUGGGUCUUGUGUGAUCGUGCCCAGCCUACCCCCGGCUGGUGGGUCUAGUGGGGUCGUCUCUAGCCUGCCCCCGGCUGGUGGGUCUAGCGUGGUCGUCUCUAGCCUGCCCCCGGCUGGUGGGUCUAGUGGGGUCGUCUCUAGCCUGCCCCCGGCUGGUGGGUCUAGUGGGGUCGUCUCUAGCCUGCCCCCGGCUGGUGGGUCUAGUGGGGUCGUCUCUAGCCUGCCCCCGGCUGGUGGGUCUAGUGGGGUCGUCUCUAGCCUGCCCCCGGCUGGUGGGUCUAGUGGGGUCGUCUCUAGCCUGCCCCCGGCUGGUGGGUCUAGUGGGGUCGUCUCUAGCCUGCCCCCGGCUGGUGGGUCUAGUGGGGUCGUCUCUAGCCUGCCCCCGGCUGGUGGGUCUAGUGGGGUCGUCUCCAGCCUGCCCCCAGCAGGUGGGUCUCGUGUAAUCGUGCCCAGCCUGCCCCCGGCUGGUGGGUCUAGUGGGGUCGUCUCUAGCCUGCCCCGGCUGGUGGGUCUAGUGGGGUCGUCUCUAGCCUGCCCCGGCUGCCUGCCCCCGGCUGGUGGGUCUAGCGUGAUCGUGCCCAGCCUGCCCCCGGCUGGUGGGUCUAGCGUGGUCGUCUCUAGCCUGUCCCCGGCUGGUGGGUCUAGCGUGAUCGUCCCCAGCCUGCCCCUGGCUGGUGGGUCUAGCGUGAUCGUGCCCAGCCUGCCCCUGGCUGGUGGGUCUAGCGUGAUCGUGCCCAGCCUGCCCCUGGCUGGUGGGUCUAGCGUGGUCGUCUCCAGCCUGCCCCCAGCAGGUGGGUCUCGUGAAAUCGUGCCCAGCCUGCCCCCGGCUGGUGGGUCUAGCGUGAUCGUCUCCAGCCUGCCCCCAGCAGGUGGGUCUCGUGUAAUCGUGCCCAGCCUGCCCCCGGCUGGUGGGUCUAGCGUGAUCGUGCCCAGCCUGCUCCCGGCUGGUGGGGCUCGGGUCCCCGUGCCCAGCCUGCCCCCGGCAGAUAAUCUAUUGGUCGAUACUAAUCUUUCAAGAGCGCUGGUAUUGUGA